AUGCAACUACCAAAGUUUCAUUAUGGGACUCGUCACCUAAUUGAUUCAACCGCUAUUAGGGGAAUAUUGCAUAAUUCAAAAGUAUUUCCUAGAUCUCAUGUGCUAGAAUUAUAUCCAGGUAUAGGGCCUUUCUCUAAUGAGAUCCAAAAAUUGUAUAAUCCACCACACCAUUUAUUAUUAGAGCCACGUAAAAAUUUCAAAGCUACACUUAGUGAGAAUUUUCCUAAUCUUAAUAAUUGUGAAUUGGAUCCAUAUGAUUGGUCUACAUAUCAUAUUUUAGCCAAGAGCCAAGAAUUGAAUUUCCAUCCAUUGAUACAAGAUUGGUCCAAGCCUAAUGAUGAUCUAGUCUUUGUAGCUAAUUUAACUAACCCACAUAACGAAGGUUUAUUAAUGCAAUGGUUAGAUUGUAUCACCAGAAGAAAUUGGUUGUAUAAAUUCGGUAAAGUCCCCAUGAUAAUUUGGAUUAAUUCUCACCUUGCAGGGAAAUUAUUAGCACCUUAUGGGAGUUCUUUAAGGUCGAAGCGUUCUACAUUUAUGGAGACCUUGACUGAGAUAAGUGUAUUAGCACAUCAUAAGGAUGAAACAUAUCCCGGAGUUAAAAACCAUAUAGUAGAGACUCAAGAUUCAAAUACAAAACCUCAAGAAAUUGUUGAAUUUGAUGAUUCAAUGAUAUGGCCAAUUAAAGCCACUAAGUCUGCAUCAAGUGAAAGUAUAGUGUGCUUGAAAGUGGUUCCUAACGGCAAAGAAAUCGAUUUUGAGCCUUGGGAAUUUAUAACAAAGCAUCUUUAUAUGUCCAAAAUUACUCCCUUUAAGGAUAUAGCAGAUUCAUUAGGGCAUGGUGGCUAUGAAUAUUUUGAACCUCAAUUUAGAGACAAUCAAGAGUUGUGGAACAAGAAACCUGUAAAUAUGACACCCAAAGAAUUUAUUGAAAUAUCCAAUGUGUUUAUGAAUUGGCCAUUUAAACCAGAUUACCGUUCUGAUUUCUUGAAUAUCUUUAGUGAAGAUAUGUAA